GGUCCUGUUUUUGUAUCCGCAGCUGCAACAGCAAGACUGUGCUAAACAUUUCACUUCUACACUCAUCACGUUAAUGGGGCGCUGGACGCAGUACGAUGAAGAUGACUACCGUCUACCUGAAGGAAUGAAACGUGUAGGCUACGACAGCGAUAGUAGUUCUUACUACUUUCGCAGUUCAGAUGGCUCGUUGUAUAAAGGUGCAGAAGGUGCAGAGUUCGGGCAAUUAACUCGAGUUUCUGAAGUGCCGAUAACUAUUCCUGAAGAAGGUGACGAAGGCGAUGAUUUAGAAGCGGCCCCUUCACGUCAAGAUGGAUAUCAGUCUCUUUCGACGGACGAGAAUGCUUCGCCUCGCCAGAGAUACAACACGGGUGCAUACCGCACACUAUUUCCCUUCUUUCUUAUUAUUGCCGUGGUUUUGCUGCUUGUCUGGCGCCUUGUUUUCCUACCUACCCAGUCGGCCCCAAGCGAGCCAUGCCCCGAUAAGACACUUCCCUAUUAUGUCAAAUCUGGAGAUACCUGUUGGGAUAUUUCAAAGGCUCACAAAUGUUCCCUAGACGAUUUGCUGAAUGCGAAUCCAGAGGUCAGGUGCGAGAAGUUGCUCCCUGGGAAGAGGUUGUGUGUUCCAGAGGAGGGAUCUGGCACUCGUCGUCGUCGUCGUUACACUUAGUUGUUCCAUAUCGCAUCCUGUAUAUUAUCACGCAGCGGACUCUUACGGAAACAAUCAUUUCUUGCAUAAUCUAUCAAUAUGUUU